UUGACCCUCUUGGCUUCCCGUACGCGCAACGCCUCUGAGCAGCUGUCAGUUGGGAAGUUGCUGUUAAAGCAGUGCUAGCCUAGCUAGCUGUUUACCGGCUAGCUUGAACCGGGGAGGAUAAAAACAAACAAUGGCGGGCGUGCACCCCCAGGACGACCUGCUGAAAAUGACACACAGAGAAAACUGGAAGGUGCAGCAUGAGCGCCUGCAUGUGAAGCACAGGGGUCACGAGGCCAUGCAUGCAGAGAUGGUGAUGAUCCUCAUUGCCACGCUGGUGGUGGCUCAGAUAGUGCUGGUGCAGUGGAAGCAGCGGCACCACCGCUCGUACAAUCUGGUGACCCUUGUCCAGAUGUGGGUGGUUCCUCUUUACUUCACCAUCAAACUGUACUGGUGGAGAUUUCUGUCCAUGUGGGGCAUGUUCUCCGUCGUCACCAGCUACGUCGUCUUCAGAGCCACACGCAAGCCGCUGUCCCGCAGGACGCCGAGGAUGGUGUACAAGUGGUUCCUGCUGAUCUACAAGCUGAGCUAUGCAGUGGGCGUCCUCGGCUACCUGGCCAUCAUGUUCACCAUGUUCGGCUUCAACGUCUUCUUCAGGAUCAAGGCCGAGGACUCCAUGGACGUGGGUGUGAUCAUGCUGUUUUACGGGCUUUACUACGGCGUCAUGGGCCGAGACUUUGCAGAAAUCUGCUCUGACUACAUGGCUUCUACCAUCGGGUACUACAACAAGGGAGGCAUGCCCAGCAGGAGCCUGACUGACGACAUCUGCGCGGUAUGCGGUCAGAGGAUCCUGGUGGACGUGGAGGAGGAAGGACUCAUAGAAGACACGUACCAGCUCUCCUGCGGACACAUAUUCCACGAGUUCUGCAUCCGCGGCUGGUGCAUCGUGGGUAAGAAGCAGACGUGUCCGUACUGCAACGAGAAGGUCGACUUGAAGAGGAUGAUGAGCAACCCCUGGGAGAAGACGCACGUCCUGUACGGGCAGCUCCUUGAUUGGCUCAGAUACCUGGUUGCCUGGCAGCCCAUCAUCAUCGGGAUUGUCCACGGGAUUAACUUCAGCCUGGGCCUCGAGUAGAGCCGCGAGGAACCCCGCUGGAAGUACGUUGUGGGGAAAAAGUCAAAAAAAAAAAAAAGAAAAUCCGUUUGGCAGCAAACUGUCAAAGUCGGCGCCACACAGGAAGUGAUUCAUGUUGUUGGACUGGACGCUCGUUUCCAGCAGACGGAGGACACGGAGGACGCUGUGAUGCCAAACUGCUGCCGACUGAACGCAAAUAUUCACGCACAGAUCCGGUAUUUGAUCCUUUCAAAACGUUUGACACAAGGAACAUAUGUCGAGUUUGGAACUUACGGAAAUGUCGCCGCAUGUUGUUUUUAUUGUGAUAAACCGUUGCUUUCCUUUGUACUGUAUCCAAAUGCCUUUUUAAACACUUUUAUAGUUUGUUUGCUGGUUCUGCCGACACCACAACACGACCAAACCUGCUGAGCAACUUGAUUACAAAAAGGACAAUUCUCUCCACGUACGUGGUGCAUAUAACCUGUUUACAUCUCAUGUAACUUUACUUUAUUGCAAAAGUUUUGUUUGUUUUGUUUUGUAUGAAGCUAAAGUCGAUGCUAAACGGUCGACUUCUUGUAGCAGCUGGAGUCAGAAUGUGACGAUUAUGUUUUACCGCCGCAUCCUUCAUCAUGUGACCGGAUUCUAAGUUGGGGCUGAACGAUUUAGAAAACAAUAUCUGAAUGCAUUUAUUAUGAUGCUCGAAUCAGACGGGAUUAUCAUGUUGACUUGAUUAUUCAUUGGAGAACGUGAUUAUGGUGUGAAUGAUUAUGAAGAUGUUCAGUGUAGGACGUCUCUGCAGCGCCACAAUAUUUAAUUAUAAAAGGUAUUUCGAUAUGUUAAUUGUGCAGCCCUGAUUUAAGCGUCACGUACACUCCGCUGUUCUCCCAACAUAACGACGCUCAUCCCGCGACACGAAGAAAACGUUCUUUUGCCAAAUCAUGUUGACAUCGCUUUUGUUAUCAAGAAAACUGCUGCUGAUAAUAACUUUGUAUUUAUUAAAUAUUAGUAAAACAUCA